GGAAGGACCAUAGCAGAGGGAUAAGGGGAAGUGUCACCUGUGGAGGAACAAGAGGAGUGGAAAUCAACAGAAAGAAGGAAGAAGAAAGAAGAAGAAAGAAUUGGAUGAAAUCAAGGUUAAUCUGUCAGGAUGGGCUAUGAUCUGGAGAGGUUUGUGGGCUAUGUGAAUGACGGCCUUCUGUGCUGUGUGUGUCGAGACGUGUUAGAGCGCCCCCUCCAGGCGCCCUGUGAACAUGCCUACUGCUGCGCAUGCAUCAGCAGCUGGCUGGUCCAUCACCACUCCUGUCCCGAGGACAGGCUGCCACUGGAUGUGGGCAGCCUUAAACCACUGUACAGGUACAUGCGUAACGACCUGAACCGUCUGCAGAUACGCUGUGUGAAUGCAAGGCAGGGCUGUGAGGUGGUGUGCUCCCUGGAGAGCCUGCACACACAUGAGGAUGAGUGCGAGUUUGCCUUCAUACCGUGCUCUAACACAGGUUGUCCUGUGCAGGUAGAGAGGCGGGGUUUGGAGGCUCACCUGUCUGAAUGUAGCUUCCGCAGCAGGGAGUGUCCCAACGGCUGCGGCCACACGCUUCUCUCCAUUGACCAAUCACAGCACAACUGUGUGGCAGAGUUGCGCACAGAAGUGGAGAUGCUCAGGGCAGAGAUGCUGUGUAAGAUGGAGGAGGUGAGACGAGAGAUGGAGUCUCGGUUGGACUCGCAGAGGAGACACAUGGUGCAGAAAGAGUCGCAGCUGAAGAAUGAGGUGGAGGAGCUGAAGGGUCAGUUGUCCCUUGUGAUGUGUGACAUGCGAGCCCUGUUAGCAGCAGAGCACCUGAGAAGACAGGAGUUAGCAGUAGCAGAGCUGGAGAACAGGGAACUGUUGGAGCUCCUCAGAGACCAGCAGCCAACCAGGAGUCAGCAUCUUGUCAAACAGGCAGCCAGGGACCAGCAUCAGGGAGACCAGCAGACAUCAGGAUGGGAACAGCUCACAGAGCUGACAAGACACCAGCAGAGGGAGGCAUCUUUACAUGCCUCCAGUCUAUCACUUCAUUCAGCUCAGGCCAUAAGUAUAUCGGGUCCACCUCCAUCACCUCAGCUGGGAGAGGGGGUGCGCAAGGGGGGAACCAGGAGCCUGACUCUGGACUGCAUCAAGAGGAAGAGCCGGGAGGUGACGGUCAUCUGAGUAGACUGGACUGGUGGGGAAGCAGCCAAACCAGAUUCUGACAAAUAUUUAAUGAUAAAAAUGUUGUGCAUGCACAGUAGUUCUGUAGUUUCUGGCAUUGAGUUUUAGAGUUUGGGAUUUUGGAAAAAAAAUAGUCUGCUUUGGAACGAACCAAAUGUUGUUUGACAGGCAAUUUUUUGUGCAAUUCUACAAACUAAAGUGAUCUUUUGAGUGUAGAUGCCCUGUGAAAGUGAACAGAUUGAUUUUGUGGACUCACCCCCGAUCAUUUCUGCAACCAGAUCACUGCGUAAUGACUCUUGGAUUUUGUAUCCACCAGGUUUCAGUUGAAGUUACUUCAAGUAAUGUUCUUAAUCUCAGGACCAAAUUAUGCCUAGU